AUGGUAAAUAAUUCAACAAAUCAGUCAAGAGUUCCAGAAAAUGAGUUAUCUUCAACAAUGGAAGUAGAAAAUAAACAAGAAUUCAAUGACGACGAUCUUAUUAUUAUAUGGCUUGAUGAUUGUCGUAGAACUACAACAAAUGAUCUUAUGGAAACAUGUCCUGAUCUCCGUGGCAUAAUUAAUAUUUUACAACUAUUCGAUGAUGUAAAUAAAUGUAUCGAUUAUAUAACAUCAAUUCAGUCGAAUAUACAUGUAUUUCUCAUUCUAUCUUCUCAUCAAUCCAUUAUUUCACUUUUUCAUCAAUUACCACAAAUUAAAUUUAUUUACAUAUUUAAUAUAAAUAAGACUGAUGAUGGGAACAAUUACGUAGGAUUAGUCAAAGAUCAGAAUAUAUUCAAUGGCAAACAAUCACUUAUUGAGGAAUUAACUAAAGAUGUUGGACAGUUGUCAAAGCACCUUUCAACACCUAUGACAUUUUUCAACAAUGUUGAUGGUAGUAUUAAAGAAAAGUCUUUAAAAGAUUUAUCAAAAGAAAGUCAAGAUUUUAUGUAUACGGACUUAUUUCGUGAAGUAUUACUACGUCAUUCACAAUCGAAUAAAGCGAAAGAUGAUUUAUUAGAUGAAUGUCGACAAUCUUGUUAUGAUAAUGAAAGUUAUUUAAAACUACUUGAUCAAUUUAAAAAAGAAUAUAAUGCAAAUGAAGCUAUUCGAUGGUAUACUCGUGAUAGUUUUUUAUAUCGUUUAUUAAAUAAAGCAUUAAGAUAUCAAGAUUUUUAUGCAAUAUAUAAAUUUCGAUAUAUUAUUAAAGACUUACAUGAACAAUUGAAACAUUUAUAUUUCGAUCAAUCAUCAGAAUUAAAGAAUAUUAAAACUGUCUAUCGUGGUCAAUUAAUGCAUAAGAGUGAAUUAGAAAAUCUGCACCGAAGUCAAGGAGGAUUAGUAUCAAUGAAUUCAUUUCUGUCAACAACACAGUAUAAAACUACAGCAUCAACUUUCAUUCUUGGUGCAACUAAAGGGGAAACUGUACCAGUUUUAUUUGAAAUAAAUAUUAAUGAUAUCAGCUCCACAUCAACUCCAUAUGCUAAUAUAGAAAAAUAUAGCCAAAUCCGAGAUGAACAAGAAAUCUUAUUUUCAAUGAAUUGUGUGUUUCAGAUUGAUUCAGUGGAGGAAUGCCCAGAAAAUAAUCAAACAUAUUUCGUUAAAUUAACUUUAACUAACCAAUAUGAAGAAGAAAAUGGACUCAAACAACUGACAAAUUAUAUAAGAAUGGAAAUUGAACACGCUAAUGAAUUAUAUGCAUUAGGAUAUUUAAUGAUGGAAAUGGCUCACUAUGACGAAGCUAAACGCUUUUAUGAAUUAUUGCAGAAAGAUUUACCAUCACAUCAUCCACAGCUUGCAACGAUAUCCAACAACCUUGGAACAGUUCACUACAGUCAAGGCCGCUAUGCUGAAGCCUUGACGUGUUUCAAGGAAACACUAAACAUUCAAUCAAAAUCAUGGUGUAAAGAUAAUUUAUAUAUUGCAACGACGCACUACAACAUUGCAGCAGUUUACCACAGUCAAUCUAACUAUGAUAAAGCCUUAGAGUAUUUGGAGACAGCACAUAAGAUUCUAUUAGAAUCCUCAUCAGACAAUGAUCGAAACAUUGCAAUGAUAUACAAUGAAAUUGCAAAAGCUAUGGCUAGUAGCAAUACUAUUGAAUCGCUCAUAGGAACAUGGGAUCAUGUUCGCAGUGAAAAUUUGGACGACUUUUUGAAAGAGGUGGGUGUUCCUAUGCUUAUUCGUAUGAUGGCAACACGUUCGAAUCCACGUGUAGUAAUCAGUGAAAAAGAUGGUGUCUGGACAAUACGUACUGAAACAAUAAUAAAAACUCAAAUAGCUACUUUUACUCCUGGUGUUGAAUUUACAGAUACCACUCCUGGUGGACAGCAAGUGCAGACACUUAUUGUUUUUGAAAAUGGAACGUGGAUUCAGAAAAUAACUGAUUCGAAAGUAAAGGAAACGGUUGUAAAACGUUUUGUUAAUGAUCAAGGACUACAACAAGUGGAAAUGACUUGUGGUUCGGUCAAAGCAUGUCGUUGGUUUAAGCGAGCGAACUAA